GGGUGCAAAUAGAGCUCCCCUAAAAAAAAUAAUUCCAUUAAGAAAUAUAAAAUAAAUGAAUAAAUAAAUAAAAAGAAAAAAAAAAUAAAAAAGAAAGAGAGAGAAUCGUGUAGAGGAAUCGAGCAAAUGCAUCUUUACUCCGCAACUGCUACAGCAAGAACUACAACGCUAGCGUAUGGUUCUCGCUAUCGUGCGCCUACUGUGAACCACUUCUUAACCUUCACCCUUUUUCAUCAUCAUAAUCCUCGACCUCCACAAACUUCAACUUUCUCUCACUUCCCUCGGUUCCCAAACGUUAAUUUCCUCACGGGAAACUCACCUAUUUUCCGGAUGGAGAAAUUUUGGAGUGGGAGUGGCAUUUCUAAGAACAAAGCAAUGGUGGAGCAGCUGCAGCGUUAUGGAGUGAUUUCGUCCCAAAAAGUAUCUGAAGUUAUGGAGGUCGUGGACAGGGCUUUGUUUGUACCUGAUGGUAACCCACCUUAUUAUGACAGUCCCAUGGCCAUAGGUUACAAUGCAACCAUUUCUGCUCCACAUAUGCACGCAACAUGCCUUCAAUUGUUGGAGGAGAACUUGCAGCCCGGAAUGCACGCUUUAGAUGUUGGCUCUGGAACGGGAUACCUAACAGCCUGUUUUGCACUGAUGGUCGGGCCACAAGGUCGUGCAGUGGGUGUGGAACACAUUCCAGAGUUAGUUACUUCCUCAAUCCAGAAUAUCGAAAAAAGUGCUGCUGCACCAUUGUUCAAAGAAGGUUCUCUCUCAUUGCAUGUUGGUGAUGGAAGACUUGGUUGGCCAGAAUUUGCACCCUAUGAUGCUAUUCAUGUCGGGGCAGCUGCUCCAGAAAUCCCACAGCCACUUAUUGAUCAGUUGAAGCCCGGAGGCAGAAUGGUCAUUCCAGUGGGGAACAUAUACCAGGAUCUUAAGGUAGUGGACAAAAAAUUGGACGGUUCUGUCACUAUCAGGACUGAAACUUCCGUUCGUUAUGUACCACUCACUAGCAGAGAAGCUCAGUUACAAGGUUACUGAAUCUGAAAUAGUUUCACAUCAGGAGUUUAAUCUAUUUGUUUCUGUUGAUUUUCUUUACCUUUUAUUUCUAGUUCUAUGUUGUAUAGAGGUAAUAAUAGUUGAACUUAAAAAAAAAAAAAAGUUCUUAUGGUCUCUAUUAAGAGUAAUAAUUGUUGAACUUAUCUCCAUAUUCAAUUUCACAUGCAUAUAUUUCUAUUUAUUUUUAGGUGAAUAAGUAAUUUUCAAUUUCACAUGCAUAUAUCUCUUAUUUAUUUUUAGGUGAAGAAGUAUAGGUUGAGACUUUUUAAUUUGCAAUUGCAGUUGUGGAUUUGUGACAAUAUAUUUGAAUGGAAAAGAUUAAUGGUAAAAUUUGUAUUUUUAUGGAUUCAAA